AUGAAAACAUCAACAACACUUGUUUCACUGGUUGUUUGCCUCACACAUGGAUUUGUUCCAUCGCAACCAAGGAGCUCUAGCCUUUCACCGAGCACCGAACUACCUAUGGUGUUCGAUUUUUUCAAGAAAAGGAGUGAAGAAGGUCUCGAUCAACUUUCCAGGUUUUCCGAUGCGGCGUCAAAAGGCGAGUUGGGCAAAGGAUUGGCUGAUCUGGCCUCCUAUACCAGAGAAUCAAACGAAGCUUUUGCUACAGGUUUAGCAAAAAGUAGAAACCGGUUGCUUUCAGACCUGGAAGGUCUAUUUACCGGAUCUGGAGAUAUUCUCGAGGAUCUGCAAGAUAUCCUUCUCCAAGCAGAUCUGGGAAUGAUGACCUCUGAAGAUAUCGUGGAAGAAGUAAAAAGCUUUCGAGAGGGCUCGACAAAGUUUCUAUCACGAGACGACCUAAAGAGUGUCAUGCGUGGAAAACUAAUCGAGAUCUUGGAAUUCAGGAACAGCACAAUUCGAUUCGCAGAGGACAACGAAGCAAUUCCGACUGUCUUGUUUAUACUAGGUGCAAAUGGAAUGGGAAAGACUACUACAAUUGGAAAGCUGGCCUAUCGCUUGAGGAACGAGGGGGAACAAAAGGUGCUUUUGGCCGCUUGUGAUACCUUUCGCGCUGGUGCAGUUGACCAGCUCAAACAGUGGGCUGACAGAGCAGAAGUGGACAUCUGUGAACCAUCAGAGAAUGCAAAAUCACCAGCAGCCGUUCUGUAUAGUGCGCUGGAGACCGCUAUUGCAGGAGGAUACGACACAUUAUUGGUUGACACAUCUGGGCGUCUCAGCAACAAUGAUGCCUUGACAGCAGAACUCGUCAAAAUGAAAAAGGUCAUCCAGAAACGGUUAUCUAUGCAACGUGAUGAAAACGACAAACCAGUUCUGAAUCAGGAUGUUCCCCACGAGAGUCUUCUUGUUUUGGACGCUGCACAAGGGAGAAUGGCUCUAGAUUCCGCCAAAGUAUGGAAUAAAGAAGUCGGGCUGACCGGAUUGGUACUUACAAAGCUUGAUGGGAGUGCACGAGGCGGAAGUGUAGUCUCAAUAAGCCGAGAGCUAGACCUCCCGGUAAAGCUAAUUGGGGUGGGAGAAGGAAUCAAUGACUUGCGUGACUUCGAACCUGAACGGUUUGCGGAUGGUCUUUUGGGUAUUGGUGCAGCUGGAGGAACGUCAUCCGCAAACGAAGGCACAUUUUUGGCAGCGAGACUAGAAGGCUUACGAAAGGAGCGAUCAGAACGGGCUGCAAUCAAAGUCGAGGAUCCGAAGAAAUCUGAGACGUCGGCCGGAAUUGACACAAGUGCAGUUAACAAAGCUGUGAUCCAGGCCACGGCACCGUUGUCUACUAAUCCCGGGUCGUCGAAGAAUCGAAAAAAGAGCAAGUGUAAAAAGAAUAAAAGGAAGCGAUAA